CGUGCGGGGCCAGGCCGCGCCCUGAGGGCCGGGCCGGGGCCGCCGCUCCGCCCGCCGCCAGGCCUGAGCAAUGCAGCGCCGAUGGCGGGCACGGCGCUCUGCGCGCUCCCUCACGCAGAGCGGGGUCUGUUGCAAACGCCCUCCGCAGAUUUAAAAUUUCCUUUUACGACAACGUGUGUAAAACAGCUGAGGUCCACAGGAGCAGCAACUAGAGGGCUUCUUAGCAGAUUGCAGACUUCUGCUCCCACAGUACGAACUCUCUCAUCAUCAAAGUCCUUCUCACAAAGCAUUCCAAGCUGUUUGUGGAAACUGGGCCGACUUAACCAUGUGGCAAUUGCAGUGCCCGAUUUGGAGAAAGCUCAGUCCUUGUAUAAAGAUGUGUUGGGAGCCCAGGUGAGUGAGACUGUUGCUCUUCCUGAACAUGGUGUCUACACUGUUUUUGUGGAGCUGGGAAAUACCAAGCUGGAACUUCUACAUCCUUUAGGAGAGAAAAGUCCAAUUGCAAGCUUCCUGCAAAAAAACAAGACUGGAGGAAUGCAUCAUAUCUGCAUUGAGGUUGAUGACAUAAAAGCAGCUAUGACAGAACUGAAGAAAAAAAAGAUACGAGUAUUGAGUGAAGAGCCAAAAAUAGGUGCACAUGGCAAACCUGUGAUUUUUCUUCACCCUAAAGAUUGCCAUGGAGUCCUUGUGGAACUUGAGCAAGCUUGAGCUGCAAUAUUCAUAAAUGAAACAAUAGAAGAGUUGUGAAGUUCCUGAGGUGGUGCUGGGAAUAUUGAUGUGGUAUUCAGUCUUUACAAGUUCAUUGAAGUUCCCAUGGAUGAAGUACAGCUUUUGAGUACUGAAAUAGUGCUACAGAUUUAGGGUCUGUCUUUGCUGGUGUUACUGAUCGAAUAUGUUUGCAUUUAUUGAAUGCUCUGUGAUUCUAAACACAAAUACAUGAGCUAAGUUACAUAUGUACCAUAGCGAUUUAUUUUUUGAUGCUUGUUUGCAGCAAGAUUUUACCUCUGUAGCCACAGAAACGAUACAGUUUCUAGGUCAAGCUGCAUUAUUUUGCUCUACAUUUCAGAGCAGAGACCCACUUCCCAGUGACAACAAUAUAGCUUAGACAUUUUCUUUAGAAAUAAAGGAAAACAAAGAUUGUGUUUUCUCUUUUCACUAUUCACCAUCUGUGCUUCACACUGUUUGAUUGGUUCAUGCAAUAAAAAACCCAUAUAUUAUUGUA